CGCAAAGCUCCCCCGUAACGUCACGCACAGGUGAGCUUCCGGCGCAGCAACUUUUGCUAUGCACCUUAGUGAUUUAGCGUUCAAAUCUCGCAAGGCUUGGACUUAGAGCGCGUAACUGUGGCAGAACAGUCGAGGAUCCCGCCUUUCGCCCGAUUCUAAUGUCUAAUCACUCGCUGCUGUUACACGCACAACUGGAAAGGACGCUCCGUUGAACGUUGCGCGUUCACGCUUGUGUUGCCUCCCAGCUUAGCAGCAAGCCACGCCCCUUCCCUCCUCCCCCUGACAUCCUAUUCCUUCUCUCCCUGCUGCCGAGAACGCAUAGAACUGAUACGGUCCGACCGGGAAUCUACCAUACUUAGAAAGGGGGGACGCAAAAAGCCGCAGUUUUUGGAUCCUGAUCGUAAAGGAGCAGCGGACAGUAAGGGGAAAAUGGGUCCUCCGAGAAUGGCCGGAGUGUGAUUAUUGUUGCCUGUCUACCUGUUGUGCCUUGUGUUUUGGCACCACGGAGCAGUCGCUGGAGACCGGCUAGGAUUACAGCCCUGGUGACGGCGAGCAUGGCCUGGGUGAAGUUUUUUCGGCGUCAGGCAGGAGGGAACCUAGGGAAAGUGUACCAGCCUGGCAGCGUCCUCUCUCUGGCACCUACCAAGGGCCUGUUCAAUGAGCCCGGGCAGAACAGCUGCUUCCUGAACAGCGCCGUGCAGGUUCUGUGGCAACUGGACAUUUUUCGACGCAGUUUACGCGGACUGACUGGACAUGUUUGCUUAGGAGAUGCUUGUAUAUUUUGUGCAUUAAAGUCCAUAUUUGCACAGUUUCAAACAAGCCGAGAGAAGGUUCUACCAUCGGAUGCUAUGAGACAUGCUCUUGCAGAAAGCUUCAAAGAUGAGCAUCGCUUUCAGCUUGGCCUUAUGGAUGAUGCUGCUGAAUGUUUUGAAAACAUAUUGCAGCGGAUUCAUUUCCAUAUUGUGCCAAAUAGUGAAGGAGAUAUGUGCACUUCAAAAUCUUGUAUCACCCACCAGAAGUUUGCAAUGACUCUUUAUGAACAGUGUGUUUGCCGCAGCUGUGGAGCUUCCUCUGAUCCAUUGCCUUUUACUGAGUUUGUGAGAUACAUUUCUACAACAGCACUUUGUAAUGAAGUUGACCGAAUGCUAGAGAGGCAUGAACGCUUGAAGCCAGAAAUGUUUGCCGAUUUACUUCAGGCUGCUAACACCACAGAUGAUUACAGGAAGUGUCCGAGUAACUGUGGCCAGAGAAUCAAAAUCCGGCGUGUACUUAUGAACUGCCCAGAGAUUGUUACUAUUGGCCUGGUUUGGGAUUCUGAUAACUCUGACUUAACUGAAGAUGUUGUGCGAAACUUGGCUACUCAGCUUUAUUUACCCGGGCUGUUUUUCAGGGUUACUGAUGAACAAGCCAAAGAAAGUAGACUUUACCUUGUCGGUAUGAUCUGCUACACGAGUAAACACUACUGUGCCUUUGCCUAUCACACAAAGAGUGCCAAGUGGUUUUUGUUUGAUGAUGCAUCCGUAAAAGAGGUUGGUACAAAGUGGAAAGAUGUGGUCACCAAGUGCAUUCGGUGUCAUUACCAGCCUUUGCUUCUGUUUUAUGCAAAUCCUGAUGGCACGGCAGUAACUAAUGAGGAUGCACUAAGACAGGUUCAGCAUUGGUCUCACUGUAAAAGAGAGUUACAUAAUGAGGAGACAGGUACUGAAAGAUCAUCCUCUGUACCAAAGAAGCCAGAUUACAGCAGAGAUCAUGAGUUUGGUGAACACAUAUAUCAGAACAAUGGGUACAAAUUCCAUAUGGAAGAACCAGCUUUUAAUAGAGGAGUUGUUCAUUCGAGUGCUGGCAGAGGGCCUGUUAAACUAAAUCGUAAUGAACAACAAGAAAAACUGAGGGAUGUUUCUAGAGAAUGUGCACAGAAAGCAAACAUGAAAAAUUUAUCAUCCUCACAAAGAAAAGUUACUGAGAAAACACAGAAGAAAGAAAUCAUCAGACCCAAGGAGACUUCAGGAGGAAUGGCAUACAAUUCAAAGCCUAGCACAGUAGUGCAUCUCAAGUCUGAAUCCUCCCCCUCUUUUAAUGGCUUUAGGAAGUAUCCUGAUGCUCAUUUCUUUAGUAGUCAAGGGAAAGGUCCGUACAAGCAAGAAAGACCAACGAGCCAGCCUAGACAAUCUUCUUCUUUUAAUGCAGGGCAUGCCACAAUUCCUGAAUCCAAGCAAGUGGCCAGGGUGAAAAACAAUUUUUCAGCUGGUUAUGAUACAGACAGUAGUCAGGAAUACAGAGAAAAACCAAACUCCAGAAAUAAAAAAACUUGGAAGCCUAUGCGGGAGACACUUAAUGUGGAUAGCAUUUUCAAUGACACUGAUAAAAGCCAACAUAGCCCAAGACAUUUAGUAGGCUCAAAUGGAAAACAAUCUGCCAGGGAUCAUAGUUUUAACCCACCAUCAAAAGAGAGCCCAAAACGUAAUACUCUGAUGACUAUCUUUGAGGAUGAGAUAAAACAGGAAUCUGGCAGCAGGAGUUCCUUGGAAUCAUUAGGAAAAAGUCAAGCAGAUCGGAACAAAGUUACUGCAGAUAUGAAGAUGUACCACCUUGACAACUGGCAGAGAACUGAAUCUGGAUAUGAAAGUAGCGAUCACAUCAGCAGCGGGUCAAGCAAUCUGGAUUCACCUAUUAUUGAAGGGAUUGGUUUUGCUGAUGGGAGGGGCUUGCAAGAAACCAGCCUGUGCAGUGAUCAGCAGCUGUCAAAUGCACUGUUAUCUACCUCACCACAAACCAGAAGUAAUCUGAAUGGUGCAAACAAUGAACACCAUGCUCUGGAGCACUGCAAAUCUGAAGACAGGCUUUCUAUUGUUACCCGGGAACCUGCACACAGCCCGUCAGGUCUCAGGAAGCAAUUUGUUGAAUUGAGAAGAGACCUACGCUCACCAAACCUGUUGUCAGCAUCAAACGAUGAUGUGAAGGAAUCGGAGGAUAGUCUGGAAAGUUCUAGCUGGUUGAAUUCUUGUCCCUCGGACAACUGUCGUUUGCACCAUGAAAAUAUUCACUCGUUACGAGAAAUUUCAACAGGCCCAGCAAAAAUGCUGAAUAAUGGAUUGUGUUCCCAGCGACAGCAUGCAGCUAAAACCUCUUCACAGCUGGCCUCUCCGAGCAACAGGCUGCAGUAUAUGAAUUCUCAGUUCUUCGUAUUCAAUGAGGAUCAGUCAUGCAGCAGAGAUGAGCGCUGCUCUGUAGAUCCUCCUGAAGUACCUCCCCCUCUACCCCCCAAAAAAUAUGUAAGAAAUGCGGCACAAAGAACUGAACAAAGCUUUGCAUCCACAAUCAGCAGUAAACUUUCUGAAACAUUAGCACGAGCUUAUCCUGGAAUCUCUGAGAGAUAUUUAUCUGGGGAUUUCAUUAGAUCUGAGCCUGAUAGUGGCUAUUAUCCAAAGGAAGAAUCAUUUCAUGGUACCGAAAUUAAUACUAAACCCGUCAACCUGGCUGGUUCUUCCUCUUAUGGCUGUCAGUCAAAGAUAAACUCACACACUAUUGGUAGAGAUGUUGCCCCACAUAUAAAUGAUACUAUUGCUCCCACUACUUACUUCUCAGUUGAUAACUGUAUGACAGACACAUACAGGAUGAAAUAUCACCACAGGCCCAGAAUGAAUAUGGGAGACCGUUCUGGGUACCAGAGAGAUCCUGGUCAUCUGCAGCUAACGGAUAAAUUAAUGGAACCAGCAUACCAUAGAACUUUAGAAAAUGCUUCACGUUCCAAACAAACUUUGGGAGGUAUACCAUGUAAUCGGUAGUCUGUGUUUUUUUUUUUUUAUUAUUAUUUAUUCCAGAAUCAUUUCUAUACAUGUUUUACUUCUGUAUAAUACAAAGUGUACAGUCAAACUAUAGAACUCAUUUAGUUUUCCAGAACCUUUUAUCAUGUUUACAGUAAUAAUCUAAGUAAACCCGUAAUCAGUCUUUCAAGGUUUGGCUUUUAAUUGCCUUUCUAUUGGAGCUUUAUGCAGCUGGCAUUUACAGUGCUUUGUAUAGUUGCUAGUGUCAUUGACAUAGAUUUCUACUGUAUGCAGUAUGAUAAAAGCUCAUGUUUAGGCGGACAUCCCCUUUCUUUUCUGCUAGCCUUAGUCUAUCGCAGUUUUAAGGCAGGUUCUUAAACCAAAGCACCAAUGUGAGUGUACAAGCUAAUGUGUGUGUGUGGGGGGGGGGGGGGGGGUGUUAAAACUGUACAUUUUAUUAACAAGACAGGUUUUUAUAACACAGUGUAUGAAAUCUGUAUAUUUUUAUGGCAAUGGAGAAUCUCAGCAGUGGAUUACAAAGCUGUUAGUGAUUUAAAAUAGAAGCUAGUUGUUUUCCAUUUCUUUUUGUGCAUGGUUAUAUUGUAAAAUCUGCAGCUUUAGUGUAAGAAAUGUUAAUUUUAGCAGGUUUAAGGGAUUAUGAAUAUGUCCUGCUUAUGGGGCAGAGUAAACGGAAAGGAUCCCCUUUUUUAUAAGCAAGGGUACAUUUCUAGUUAUUUCCUAAUCCAAACACAUUUUUGGGUGAUUGAUUACAUACAGAAUACUGCUUCUCUUUUGACAGUAGUGCACACAGGGCACAUUUCAGCCAUUUUGCCUUCCACAUAUAGAGGAUUGUCCAAAACAGCCCCCCAUAAAGUUAAAUGGCUUGCAAAUGAAUGUGUGGUGCAGUCAUCUGACAAGCCCCAUUGCUGGAGGGCAGAACACCCAAAAUCCACCAUGAAUGCCAUAACCUUUUGUAUGUUUAUCUAUUGAUAAUACUAACAGAUGUGGCUGUCUCAUUGGGGGCAUGUAGGGCAGCCAGUCCCAUUCAUUUAUAUAUGCAGAGAAAUGGAGUUGUUACCUUUUUGUUUGGAAAUGAGAAUUUCUCAGGGAAAUGGCUGAGGUCUUUUUUUUGUUUUGUUUUUAUAUUAGACUUAGGGUUCAAAUCCCCAUUUUUUGGCCCAACAUCAGGGAGUGCCAGGAAUAUGCUGGAAGCAAAUGCUUGCCUCAGAUUUUACCCCAACUGGCCUUCAGGCUAGACUUCCAGGUAUAGCCACAACACCAAAGAAACAUUCAUCCCAAUUUUCUUUCAAAAUUUCUGCCCCCAGAGGUCAGCUGCACAGGUGCAUAUUUGCCUGAACAGAGAGAGAAUAUAAAUUCUUAUUUAGUGUAUGCAUAAAUGCACAAUGUAUUGUCUCAUUAAUAAACACAAAAUGUUGAGGGUAGAGUGCCUUUGAUUACAUUAUAUAUAAUGCAAGCUUUUGGUAAUCUGUUACACUAAUACACUAAAACUUUCUUCUCAUGCUCUCUUAUUUACAUUUAGGGAAAAAGGUCUAACUCUUUCCUCAAACAGAAAAGGUCCAGUCGUUUUCAUUUGAGCUAAGGGCGUAAAGUUUGAGUUUGUUAUUAUGAAAUGAAUAAAUGAUCAUUUAAAAAAAAAAAAAAGAAAAUCUAGAUAAACAGUUGGAUGUAUACUAAGGGCCAAAUGUUUUUGAUGUAUGUAAUACACACUGAAAUCAUGAAGAUUACAUGGAACCAUUGCAGUGGGCUUCCUACAUGAUAUAAGCAAAAAAGUAAGGAUUCCUACUUUUUAUGUAGAAGUCACAGGCCAUAACUAAUCAAAAAUAACAUAUGCAAGCACAACACUGGUCUUUAUUUUCCACAAAUAAAUCCAAUAUUACCCCUUCAGUUAAUAACUGGUAGACCUGGUUCUGUUGCAGUAAUAUUUGUAUGCCAGUUUGAGGUCCCCCCCCCCCACAUGGCGCCACAGAGUACUAAUACCAGGACUGUCUAAGCUUUGUCUCAGACAGCUGCUUAGUACCAAGCCAGUGUUGUUGAGUGCUAGGUGUGAGCUGGAGAUCUGCAGUCUGGAUAUCUCUAAAGGUGCUUUGCCCUGUGUUCAGGCUGUGAUGCUUUUCUGUGCCUUUUAAUGCACCCACUACCAGCUGAAUGCAGGUUCUAUAGCUAUAGUUGUUGAAACAGGUAGGCUGCAGCACGACACAGGUGCCUGUUUCUUACAGGUGUGCCCAAGUUCAUAAGACAGCAAUACCUGCAUGCAGCUGAUGGCCGGUGUUCAUUACCCCAGCAGUACAUCACAGGGCAAAGCACUUGUCACCAAAUGCAGAUAAAAUACUGCAGCUUAAGCAUACGCAACACACUCCUUUUACAGACUGGGGUAAAGCCCCUCAGUACUAAAGAGAAAUAUGGUUGCUCUGAUUGAGUUGGAAAGACUUGUACAAUUCCCUGUCCUGAAAAUUGGUUGUUUUUAUUAUUCAUGCUUUCUAAUGUGUUUUUAGUCUUGAAAGUGGGCUUUACAAUUUUUGUAUGGGUUUGCUUCUGUGCCUGAUAUAUCUAUAUAAUAUAUAUUUUAUAUAUGUUCUGAUGUAUUGAUAUAUAUAUUUGUACCAUACAAAAUAUAUUUUAAAACUUCUUGUAAUAUAUAUAUAUAUUAAAUAUAAGGCAAAAUACAUUUCUUAAUAUUCUGUACUUUGUUCAUUAUAUUACUGCCUUUUUUGGAAAUUGCAAUGUUUCUGAACAUUCUGUCAAUGUUACAUUUUUGUAUAUAGAGAUAUAUAUAUGAUUGGAAGUAGAUUUACUGUGUUUUAACAGAGCAAGUCAUUUUUAAUGUUCCUGUGCAAUAUUUAGCUACACUCCUUGUCACUUAAAUACUAAACCAGAGGAGCCUUAUGUAUAACACUUCUGCACCCCCCUGAAUGGCAAGCACCAUUUAUAUUAUCAUGCUCCUUUUUUAGCCUUUCAGAAGUUAGUAUUUACCACAGGGGAUGCCGAUGGGCAGCUGUGUAGUUGAUGCUGAUUUGUCCAGUACCUUGCAAAAGGCAAAUGAUGAUGUAGCCAGGUAAUUUCAUGACUCAGAGUAGCUGUCACCUCAGCUUUGGAUGGCAGUUUUAACUGUGGUGGAAAUUGACAGGGGAGAGUCUGCAAGUCAUUUGCAGUUCAACCCCUUCAACCUGGUUCUCACUACAGCAUGGGUGAAUUUAUGUGAAUAAAAAAGGUACAGACAACAAGCAGAGGCAUUUGGGCCUUUACUUUUUGUUUUUUUUAUAAAAUGUCUCAAAGUUGGAUCCAGAAGAAAAAUGAGCCAUAGCUAUAUAGCUUGAUUUCCCCAGGUCCUGCCUUUUUUCCACUUGUGCUGUUGAAGGGAUUUUUUGACUAUAAGGUAUUUGAGAACAAACACUAUUAUUAACCUAUCUAGCCCAAUAUCCCAGUUCUAAGGGCAAUGGCACAUUUGAUGCCUAUGUGAUUUCCAGCUUGGUAAUCACUGCUCAGAAACAUUCAAUUCCACAUUUCUGAACAAUGAUAGCCUUGACCUGCAAGUUUUGCUGACCAUCACAGUGCUGUAGCACCAUGUGCCAUUGUCCUAAGAGGCCAUGCAGUUUAAAGCAUUGCAGAAAUGCUUGAUAGUCAAAUGGCAAAAGAAAUAGAAUUCUAUUUAGCAAAUAGUUGGCAAAAACCAUAAUCAUUUUGACCUGAAGGGGGAAAGAAUAAUUUGCACUAAAACACUAGGAGACUCAUUUGAGUGCACUAUUGGUGAUCUAAAAGUGAAAUUCUUAUAUUGCUGUCUAGACAUAAUAUCUAGUUUUGCAAUUGUAUUAUUUGGCAGAAUCUCUGUAAAACUGUUGAGUAUGCCAAUAUGUGAAGACAAUCAAAAAUCAAUGUUACAUUAAUGUAAUAAAAUAUUUUUUUAACAUCAA